AUGGUGUCGAUACUCCCUCCGAAGUCUGACGUCACACUGCCAGGUGCCACCCGACUAGAGGGCGAACCCCAAGGGGACCUCAUGCAGGCUCCGGGCCUCCCAGGCUCCCCUGCCCCACAGAGCAAGCAUGUCAACUUCAGCUGCUCAUCAUUUGUGCCUGAUGGCCCCCCAGAGAGAGCACCCUCACUGCCCCCCCACAGCCCCAGCAUUGCAUCUCCAGGCCCGGAGCAAAUCCAAGGCCACUGCACAGCUGGACCUGGCCCAGGCUCCUUCUGCCCCUCUCCCUCAGACAAGUAUCCUGGCUUUGGCUUUGAGGAGGGCACAGCAGGCAGCCCAGGGCGCUUCCUCAAGAGCAACCACAUGCCUUUCCACCCCUACAAGAGGCACUUCCAUGAGGACAUUUUCCCUGAGGCCCAGACGGCCAUGGCCCUCGAUGGACACUCCUUUAAGACUCCGGGGGCACUGGAAGCCUUCGAGGAGAUUCCAGUGGAUGUGGGGGAUGCCGAGGUCUUCCUGCCUGGCUUCCCGGCAGAGGCUUGGUGCAAUGGACUCCCUUACCCCAGCCAGGAACACAGCCAAGUUCUGCAGAGGUCAGAAGUAAAGGUCAAGCCCCCAGCACUGGACAGCGGUCCCAGCGGUCCCGGCAUGUACUGCUACCAGCCUCCUUUGCAGCAUAUGUACUGCUCUUCUCAGCCCGCCUUCCACCAGUACUCCCCAGGCGGAGGCAGCUAUGCUGUGCCUUACCUGGGCUCCGCUCACUACCCCUAUCAGAGGAUCACACCCCAGGCCAGUGCGGACGGGCACCAGCCACUCUUCCCCAAGCCCAUCUACUCCUACAGCAUCCUCAUCUUCAUGGCCCUUAAGAACAGUAAGACCGGAAGCCUCCCAGUCAGUGAGAUCUACAAUUUCAUGACAGAGCACUUCCCUUAUUUCAAG